CGAAGGGUGAAGCGGCGGAGGCGGGGGCCUGGUCCACGCUGUGGUCUCAGCGCUUUGCCAGGACCUGGUCAGAGAAGAUGCUCCGGAGAAGCUGAUGACUGAGUGAGGACCAGAGGAGGACGUGCCCCACCUUGGGACAGAGCUGGGCGGGGGGACCAAGUCCUGGGCCUGGAGCCAUUUUUCCGGCCAGGGUGUUCUCCCUUCUCUGCCCUUGGAGGGGACGUCGCCCCACGGCUCUGGGAGGCAUGUUCAGGAAUGCGACGGCCAUCUGUUUGCACCUGGUGGGGCCCCUCUGGGGAAAGAAGUCUGGAGCUUCGCUCACCCGGUGUUUGCACCAGACUCUGACUCCCUGCUUGCUCUGUUGUCUCCAGUUCACCAUGGCUAAACGGCUGCAGGCUCGAAGGCUGGACGGGAUCGACCAGAACCCGUGGGUGGAAUUUGUCAAACUGGCCAGCGAGGAGGCUGAUGUUGUAAACUUGGGCCAAGGCUUCCCAGACUUCUCACCCCCAGAGUUUGCCGUGGAAGCCUUUCAGCACGCCACCAGCGGGGACUUCAUGCUUAACCAGUACACGAAGGCAUUUGGUUACCCACCCCUGACGAAGAUUCUGGCCAGUUUCUUUGGGAAGUUGCUGGGACAGGAGAUAGACCCACUCAAGAACGUGCUGGUAACCGUGGGUGCCUACGGGGCCCUGUUCACAGCCUUCCAGGCCCUGGUGGAUGAAGGAGAUGAGGUUAUCAUCGUCGAGCCUUUUUUUGACUGUUAUGAGCCCAUGACAUUGAUGGCAGGGGGUCGCCCUGUGUUUGUGUCCCUGAAGCCGAGCCCCACCCAGAAGGGAGAACCGGAUUCCAGCAGCAACUGGCAGCUGGAUCCCACGGAGCUGGCCAGCAAGUUCACAUCUCGCACUAAAGCCUUCAUCCUCAACACACCCAACAACCCCCUGGGAAAGGUGUUCUCCAGGGAAGAGCUGGAGCUGGUGGCCAGCCUGUGCCAGCAGCAUGACGUGGUGUGCAUCACAGACGAGGUGUACCAGUGGUUGGUCUUCGAUGGGUUCCAGCACAUCAGCAUCGCCAGCCUCCCUGGCAUGUGGGAACGCACCCUGACCAUCGGUAGCGCUGGCAAGACCUUCAGUGUCACAGGCUGGAAGGUGGGCUGGGUCCUUGGCCCGGACAGUCUCAUGAAGCACCUGCGUACUGUGCACCAGAACUCCAUCUAUCACUGUGCCACGCAGUGCCAGGCCGCAGUGGCUCAGAGCUUCGAGCGGGAGCAGCUGCACUUCGGCCAACCCAGCAGCUACUUUGUGCAGUUCCCACAGUACAUCCAGCGCUGCCGCGACCACAUGAUACAGAGCCUACAGUCCGUGGGCCUCCGGCCUGUGAUCCCCCAGGGCAGCUACUUCCUCAUCACAGACAUCUCGGACUUCAAAAACAAGAUGCCUGACUUGCCCGGAGCGGCAGAUGAGCCCUACGACAGACGAUUCGUCAAGUGGAUGAUCAAGAAUAAGGGCUUGAUGGCCAUUCCAGUGUCCACCUUCGUCAGCGUGCCACACCAGAAGUUCUUUGACCACUAUAUCCGCUUCUGUUUCGUGAAGGAUGAAUCCACGCUCCGGGCCAUGGACCAGAAGCUGCAGAAGUGGAAGGCUGAGCUCAUCUCUGGGCCCCAAGACUCCAUGUAUAAACCCAAGCUGAUGGUUGACUUCCGUGUUCGACCCGAGCCGGAGGGCAGUCCAAAGUUUCUGCGCGCUGGGACGCUCAAGCCUGCGAUGACCUCAACACCACCAACCACACACAAGCCCUUACACCAGCGCCAGCUCCAGCUCAUCGGGUGCCGCCCCCCAUCCGCCACGCCCACGCGCGCCACUGGUUCUCCGAUUGGACGGCUCGAAGGAGGUGUUACCGGAAGGGGUGAGUCUGAUUGGCGGCGGGGCCGACGGUGUGCGGUGAACAUGGCGGAGCGCGCGAGGAAGCGGCCGUAUGGUCCGGGUGAACAUGGCCAAAGGGUGGAGUGGCGGAAAUGGAAGCAACAGAAAAAAGAGGAGAAAAAGAAGUGGAAGGAUCUCAAGAUGACAAAGAAACUGGAGCGGCAGCGAGCGCAGGAGGAACAGGCAAAGCGCCAACAGGAGGAAGAGGCAGCUGCCCAGAGCGAGGAGAGGGGGCGGCACUACACCCUGAGCGUGGCCCUGCCAGGCUCUAUCCUGGACAAUGCCCAGUCACCGGAGCUUCGCACCUACCUGGCUGGCCAGAUCGCCAGAGCCUGCGCCAUCUUCUGUGUGGAUGAGAUCGUGGUGUUCGAUGAAGAAGGCCAAGAUGCCAAGACUGUGGAGGGGGAAUUCAGGGGAGUCGGCAAGAAGGGGCAGGCGUGCGUGCAGCUGGCCCGAAUACUGCAAUACCUGGAGUGUCCACAGUACCUAAGAAAGGCCUUCUUCCCCAAGCAUCAGGAUCUGCAGUUUGCAGGGCUCCUGAACCCCUUGGACAGCCCUCACCACAUGCGUCAGGAUGAGGAAUCUGAGUUCCGAGAGGGUGUUGUGGUGGACCGGCCCACGCGGCCUGGCCAGGGCUCCUUUGUCAACUGUGGCAUGAAGAAGGAGGUGAAGAUUGACAAGAACUUGGAGCCUGGACUUCGGGUGACGGUGCGGCUCAACCAGAACCAGCUCCCAGAAAGUAAGACCUACCGGGGGAAAGUCGUGUCAUCGCAGGACCCUCGGACCAAAGCUGGUCUCUACUGGGGCUACACAGUCCGCCUGGCCUCCUGCCUCAGUGCUGUGUUUGCUGAGGCCCCCUUCCAGGACGGCUAUGAUCUGACCAUCGGGACAUCAGAGCGAGGCUCAGAUGUGGCCUCCGCCCAGUUUCCCAACUUCAGGCACGCUCUCGUCGUGUUUGGGGGCCUCCAGGGGCUGGAAGCUGGAGUGGAUGCCGACCCCAACCUGGAGGUGGCUGAACCCAGCGUCCUCUUCGACCUGUACGUCAACACCUGCCCCAACCAGGGCAGCCGCACCAUCCGCACAGAGGAGGCCAUCCUCAUCUCCCUGGCUGCCCUGCAGCCUGGCCUCACCCAGGCAGGUGCCCGGCCCAGCUGAAGCUUCUGUGGGGCCCAGGAUGGCAGAAAAGCAGCAGUGAAGCCAGAGGUUCCCACGGGUUACCUGGACAGACACACUCGAGACUUGCUUCCAAAAAUAAAGACUUUUAAGUUGACUCAGUCCCCCAAACCCACAGUCCAGCUGGGGCUGUCCUUACUUGCUGCCUGCAGUGAUGGCCUUCAGACUGCCUGCCCGUGCCAGGAUGUUUGGCACAAAGAGCAGCCCCGAGGCCCGCUCAAUGCUCUCGAUGGGCACCAGGAAGCGCUCCAGCGGGAUUGCCUCAUCCACUGGCGCAUUGGGCAUCACAUAGGAGCGGAGUUCGAUCUGCCCGCCUGCUGCCUCCAGGAUCAGCACCUUGAAGAAGUGGGUGGGCACCGCCACGUGGUUCUUGCCAAUGACUUGGUACUUCACGUAGGACUUCCCAUCAGCCUCCGUCCUAUGGGCAGACGCAGGCACAUGGCCUUUCAGGACUCCCAGGGGGCUUGUUCAGACCCAAGGCCAUCACCUCCAGGAAGCCUUCCCUGAUUGGACCUCCAGUUUGUGUCACCUGCAGGACCACCCUCUUAGUGUGAGGCUUCUCUGCCCGGCUUGGCUCGCCCAGGAGACUGGGAGCUCCAGCAGGGUAGAGACUCAUUCCUUUCCUGUUUUCCUCAUGCCCGACACUGUGUUCAGGGAGAGUGGAUGGUGGCAAUAAACGCUGCAGAAAGAAUCAGGCCUUCAUUCACAUCCUCCUUGUGGACACUUGACUACUGUCUGUCCCUAUGGAGGGUGGGGCUGUGAUAGCAGAAUGCCCAGCACCAACACACGGCCUGGGGCACAGCAGGUGCCCAGAACA